UGGAUAAACAGAAAGAAAAUAUGUCAUCUUACACUGAGAUAUUACAGAGAGAAAGAGAAGGGUUGAGGAGUACCUUGUCAGAACUUGCCAUUCAGAGACAAGAGAUUGAAAAUCGACUGAAAGAAGAUGCUUUGUUGGAGACGACACAUCUUGUCGAACUUAAAGCAGAGCUGAAGCAAGACAGAGAGGAUCUGGACAGAGAGCGUGAGAAGAUGGACAAAGAGAAACUGGACUUGGAGCUGAUGAGGUCUGACAUCCUGAAACAAAGUGACACAUUAAAACAAGCAAUACAACAUAUGAAAGAGCAAAGAGACAAAUUGGAAAUCACACAGUCUGAGCUACAAAAGAAGAAAGAACAUGCAGACAGUCAGUUUGAUGAGAUGAACAGAGAAAAAGGCAACAUCAAAGAUCUGACCCUUCAGCUUCAGACUGAAAGAGACAAACUUGAGAAUGUCAUGAACAUGAUUAUCUUAAAACAAGAAGAUCAAGAACUCAAGGACAACGAGCUCAAAAGACAAACACAAGAACUGGAAACUGUGAAGAACAGUGUGCUGGCAGAAAGAGAUGAACUGGAACUUCUGAGAAAAGAUGUCAACAAGAAGAAAGAAGAGGUUGAAGCUGCCAUGAACACUAUCAGUGCAGAGAGAGAAAUAGUCAAUCAGAUGAAGAGUAGUGCUGACAUGGACAGACAAAUGCUUGAGGAUGAAAAGAACAAAAUGGAAGGAGAAAGGUCUGAUCUUAAAAUAAGAGAGGAUCAACUCUUGGAUAAAAUGAAGUCAAUCAAAACUCUGAGAGAAAAACUUCAACAGCUGAAAGAAAGGAUGAGUGAAGACAUGAAACACAAACUCAUCAGACUGGAACAAAACAAUGAAGAAGUACUGAAACUGGUCAGUGUUUUGGAGCAAAAGCAUGAAGCUCUGGAUAAACAGAAAGAAAAUAUGUCAUCUUACACUGAGAUAUUACAGAGAGAAAGAGAAGGGUUGAGGAGUACCUUGUCAGAACUUGCCAUUCAGAGACAAGAGAUUGAAAAUCGACUGAAAGAAGAUGCUUUGUUGGAGACGACACAUCUUGUCGAACUUAAAGCAGAGCUGAAGCAAGACAGAGAGGAUCUGGACAGAGAGCGUGAGAAGAUGGACAAAGAGAAACUGGACUUGGAGCUGAUGAGGUCUGACAUCCUGAAACAAAGUGACACAUUAAAACAAGCAAUAAAACAUAUGAAAGAGCAAAGAGGCAAAUUGGAAAUCACACAGUCUGAGCUACAAAAGAAGAAAGAACAUGCAGACAGUCAGUUUGAUGAGAUAAAUAGAGAGAAAAGCAACAUCAAAGAUCUGACCCUUCAGCUUCAGACUGAAAGAGACAAACUUGAGAAUGUCAUGAACAUGAUUAUCUUAAAACAAGAAGAACAAGAACUCAAGGACAACGAGCUCAAAAGACAAACACAAGAACUGGAAACUGUUAAGAACAGUGUGCUGGCAGAAAGAGAGGAACUGGAACUUCUGAGAAAAGAUCUCAACAAGAAGAAAGAAGAGGUUGAAGCUGCCAUGAACACUAUCAGUGCAGAGAGAGAAAUAGUCAAUCAGAUGAAGAGAAGUGUGGACAUGGAAAGACAAAUGCUUGAGGAUGAAAAGAACAAAAUGGAAGGAGAAAGGUCUGAUCUUAAAAUAAGAGAGGAUCAACUCUUGGAUAAAAUGAAAUCAAUGGAAACCCUGAGAGAAAAACUUCAACAGCUGAAAGAAAGGAUGAGUGAAGACAUGAAACACAAACUCAUUAGACUGGAACAAAACAAUGAAGAAGUACUGAAACUGGUCAGUGUUUUGGAGCAAAAGCAUGAAGCUCUGGAUAAACAGAAAGAAAAUAUGUCAUCUUACACUGAGAUAUUACAGAGAGAAAGAGAAGGGUUGAGGAGUACCUUGUCAGAACUUGCUAUUCAGAGACAAAAGAUUGAACAUAGACUGACACAAGACGCUUUGUUGAGAUGACACAUCUUGUUGAAC